GCCAGGUUGUCCAUGCAGGGAUACAUUUGUUUAGCGAGUACUUACCAGUAACAGCCUAAACUCGUUAGUUUUCCAGGUACUUAACUAGCAGAUACACGUAGUAGCCACUUGUUAAUCUUUAAGUCGUUUAUACCUUCAUUAACUUUCCACGUUUCUACAUUUCUCCGUCUUUCUACUUCCUACUUCUUCGUUGUCUUUCCUGUAAUACCACAUACCUAAUUCUUUUGCUCCGGCAAACAAACCCCUGACGGCGUCCGCGCCAACAGGCAAUCGAAGACUAUUGUUUGUAAUUGUCUAUCGCAUCAUCAUGAUUGUUCCUCUAUCAGCCCUGGCUCUCGCAGCCACUGCGCUCACUUCUACCGGUCUCGUUCAAGCCCUCUCUGCUUCGGAUAUCCCCGCCGACACCCCUAUCUCGAAUCUCCUCUCUUCGGCGCAGUCACACUUAACUAAAGGCGAAACAAACGAGGCUCUAACGUACUACGAUGCCGCUGUCGCCCGCGAUCCAAACGACUACUUAACGUACUUCAAACGGGCUACCACCUUCCUUUCGCUUGGUCGCACGUCGCAGGCUACUUCGGACUUCAACAAAGUCUUACAGCUGAAGCCGGACUUCGAAGGAGCGCAUCUGCAACUGGGCAAGUUAAAGGCUAGAAGUGCUGAUUGGGAUGGAGCUCUGGAACACUACCUCUUAGCCAAGCAGAAGCAAGGCUCCUCCGAACUCGAGAAGCUGGUCGAAGCACAGGGCGCCGCUAAGUUGGCAGAAGAAGCCGCGAAAAAAGGAAACUGGGACGAAUGUAUAAGUCAGGCCAGCGAUGCCAUCCUCGUCGCAAACCGGGCUCCCAACCUUCGAGAACUGCGCGUCAAGUGUCGAUUCGAGAAAGGAGAGGUCGAAGGCGCGAUAGGCGAUUUACAACAUAUCCUGCAGAUGAAACCGGGCGACACUACUCCUUAUCUACAGAUCUCGGCCAUUACAUUUUACAGUUUAGGAGAUAUAGAACAGGGUAUAGCGCAGAUCAAGAGGUGUCUGCACUCCGAUCCCGAAUCUAAGCCCUGCAAGAAGUUAUUAAAGCAAGAAAAGAGCAUCGAUAAGACGUUAGCAAAAGUUAACAAGGCUAUGGAAAGGAAUCAGCCUAUGACUGGCGUUAAGCUGUUAGUGCCAUCUGGUGAUGGGCCGGGUCUGAUUAACGAGGUCGAAGAGCAGAUUAAGGAGCACAAGAAGGCUGGUAUCAUCCCGGAACGCGCUCCCAAUGUGUUACUGGCCAGAUUAGUCGAGACUGCUUGCCAGGCUUACUACGAGACAAACAGCAAGAAGGCCAGCACAUAUUGUCAAAAGUCUCUAGCACUAGAUGAGAAUUCUCUGUACGGUCUCUUAUAUAAAGCCAAGACGCAACUAGAGGCCGAUGAUUUCGAGCCCUGUAUCGCAACUCUGAAGAAAGCAGCAGAAGUCAGACCGGACAAGAAUAACAUCAUCAACCCCCUAAUGCAGAAAGCCCAGGUCGCUCUUAAGCGCAGCAAAACAAAAGAUUACUACAAGGUCCUCGGUGUCUCGCAUGACGCAGACGAACGACAGAUCAAGUCAGCUUACCGGAAACUCACCAAGAUUCACCAUCCGGACAAGGCGGCCAAGCAGGGUUUGAGCAAGGAGGAGGCUGAGAAGAAGAUGGCGUCGAUCAACGAGGCGUACGAGGUGCUGAGUAACCCCGAGCUCCGUGAAAGAUUCGAUCGCGGCGACGACCCGAAUUCUCACGAACAGCAGGGCAAUCCAUUCCAGCAGGGGGGCCACCCAUUCAUGUUCCAACAAGGCGGCGGCGGCCAGCAGUUCCACUUCAAGUUUGGUUCGGGAGGCGGUGGUUUCCCGGGUGGUUUCCCGUUCGGUUAAAGAAGAGUAAGGUUUUCUUAGAGAAAACAGAGAAGACAAAGACGAAGAUGAAGAUGAAGAAUUCUUGCAUGCACUGGCACAGGCGGAUUGGAGUUUGUGGAGUUCGUUUGGGUUUAAGAUCGAGUUCGAGAAGGCUUGGAGCAGGAGCAGGAACAAGGAAGUUGAGUAAAAUAAACCAAUAUUCAUUUAGUCAAGGGAGCGGUCGAAGCCUUGUUCUUGCUUGGCGGUGUAUAUACAUUAGGUACAUACGUACGUACUUUAGUAAGUACCUAGUUAUAGUAUAGUAUAGUAUAAGAGACGCGAUUUUUCAA